AUGAUGAUGAAAGAUGUGAAUGGAGUUGCUCGCUUGAGCCCUCAGAUCAGGGCUGUGUUGGAGACUAAGGGAUCUGUGAACCAGGGCUGCACUCAGAGUAAGAAAUAUACCCCAAAGCUGUCCAGUCUUGACCUUGAGAGCUGUCACCAGCUCUUCUGGAGCUUCCAAUACCAUGACACAGCUGGCCCCCUUGAUGCUGUCAGCCAACUGCAGGAAUUAUGCCAUAAAUGGCUGAGGCCAGAGAUCCGCUCAAAAGAGCAGAUCUUGGAAUUUCUGGUGCUUGAGCUGUUCCUGGGUGUUCUUCCAGAGGAGAUCCAGACCCUGGUGCAGAAGCACCACCCACAGAGCAUCAAGAAGGCUGUGUGCCUUGUAGAACACUUCAGCCAAAGGUCUGGUCAAGUAAAGAAUAAGAAAUUGCUGACAUUUGAAGAUGUGGCCAUGUAUUUUAUCCAGGAAGAAUGGAAGUUAUUGAAUCCCACUCAGAAGGCUCUCUACAAUGGUGUCAUGCAGGAAGUUUACGAGACAGUCACCUCUCUAGGGUUAAAGCUCAAGAAUGACACUGGGAAUGGUACACCUCCGUUAGAAGUACAAGCACCACGUGGCCAAGCAUCUGUCUUGGCUGAGUAA